CGCUCACUGCAGUACACAACGCUGCUCGCUGGCUUAGAGAAGAGUUCACGCUUACGUGCAUUGUAUACCUGUAGCAAGAGACCACUGCUAAAGCUACUUUAGUUAGCGCUGCAAUCGGUUCUGAUCUAGCAAGAUGAUGAAGGAGUGCCUACAGUUCCUCAUCGAGCCUGCAAAGAACCUCAAAAUACGGCUCAAGGAGUCUCGUAAGAGGGUCAGGAAUGAGAAGAAACAGCCUCUUGUGGAGAAUCAGCUGUUCAUUAUGGAGCUGGCAAGGGAGCUCAACCGGAUGUGCCAGAGAUCGAACGUUCUCGGCCACAUAUGGACCUGCGAGGACAUCUGGCCCCCGCUGCUGUGCCGUGCUUUCAUCCUGGAGUGGGGCUCCGUGCUGGAGAGCAAGGAAAGGCCCAUGCAGACGGACGGCUGGCCAGGGAUGCGUGACUGGAAACGGCAGCUGCUGGGGGUGCUGGUGCAGGGGAGCGAGCAGGACGUAGAGACCUCUAAGAGGAUCAUAUUGGACUGGACCAGAGAGGUGAAGAACAGGCCUGAGCAGCACGCCGUGUGGCCCGGGGAGCCUGUGGUGCUGAUGCUGGACGACCUGGAGACACAGUGGCGGAAGGGCCGGAUGCCCAACCUGCUGUCCGCCAUGGAGCUGGUUAUGUGGGCGAUGCUGACAGAAGGCCAGGACAAGGAAACCAUCCCCCAGCAGUGGCUCGCCAGGAAGCAGAGGUGUCAGAACAUUGAUGCUACCGGAUACAUUCCACACACAGUAUGGAACUGGAUCUGUGAUGCUGCAGUGGAGGUGACCCUUGACCCAGACACAGCCAACCCCGACCUGGUGAUCUCUCACGAUGACAAGAGGAUGCGGUGCGGCUUCGAGAGGAAGGACGUGCCUAACUACCACCAGCGCUUCGACGGGUGGUGGUGCGCGGUGGCUGUGGAGGGCUUCACCUCCGGCCGGCACUACUGGGAGGUGGAGGUGGGCGAGAGGGACUGGCGCCUGGGAGUGGCCAAGGAGUCGGCUCUGAGGAAGGGCUACAAGUCCCUGAACACGCAGACGGGGUACCUGACCCUGCGGCUGGAGAGGGGUACCGAGCUGAAGGCCCUCACCGUGCCCUUCACACCUCUGCCCCAGGCUCUCAUUCCCCGCAAGGUCGGCGUGUACCUCGACUACGAGGAGGGCCAGCUCUCCUUCUACAACGUGGAGAAGCGCUCGCACAUCUACACCUACUGCGAGACCUUCACAGAGAAACUCUACCCGCUCUUUGGCACCGUGGAGAUCAUCAAGGACCUGGUCAUCAGGUCCGCAGGGACAAGAGACCACUGCUUUUGCCGUGGUCCGUGUCUGUGGGGCUGAUUGGUUAUCCUCACCACCCCUCCUAGUCAGACAGAUAUGAUUGAGAACCUGUAAUCAGUAAGUAGACAAAGAUCCACUGCUGUAAAGACCAGCAUGCUUUUCAAAUGAUUGCCCACCAUUGGCUGCUUUUCACAUUGAUUCCUUCAUUCCAGCUUGCUAGAAUGUGUAUUGAGCUCAUACUGUGUAUUUGCAUAAAUUUGAAAGAAAAUAUUGUUGUCAUGUUAUUGUUGACUUGUACAAUUUGAAUAUUGCAAUAAUUAU